AUGUAUUGGUUUAAGAAAUCAGAAAAAGAUAUUAAGAAUUAAAGAAUAUAAUAGGCUGUUUCUGAAGAGAAAUAUCGAAUGUCUUGUCCUUUAGGAAAUAGUAAAUGGGAUGAAGAAGGUGUAAUUUAAUUUACUUGUCUCCAAAGAAAUACAACUAUUAAGUUACACACCUAUAGAUGUUUCACAAAAUCAAAUUAAACUCCAUAAUCUGUGACUUUCUUUUUUCAUGGAUUAAAUGAACAUCUUGGAUUAUAUGCUCAUAUAGCAUAAGCACUGAGUAAACAAGCUAACAGUCUUUGUGUAGGCUUUGAUUUUAGAGGAUUUGGUAAGAGUGAAGGUCUUAGAGGAUGGUUACAAUCAAAAGAAUAACAUAUAGAUGAUUGUACUAGAUUUAUUUAAUUAAUUAAACAAUUGUAUCCUGGAGUAAAAUUGUUUGCUUUAGGAUAAUCAUUAGGUGGAUUAACAUCUUAUCUAUUAGGAAUGAAUGAUCUUGUAGAUGGAACUAUUUUAAUUACACCAGCUUUAAUGGACAACUAUUAUAAUAGACCUUAUUUAAAAUAAAUUGCUUUAUUUUUAGGUCUAUUAAGUCCUACCUGGACACCAUUUCCAGCAUCAUUUCCAAAUGCAUCUAAGAACCCAUAGAUUUUGGAAGAUAAUAUGAAGGAUCCAUAUAUCAAUUGGAAUUCUACCUUACCAGGUACAGCUAGAGUAUUACUUAAAAUGAUGAGAGAAGCACCAAAUACUUUUUAAAGUUAUAAAAAGCCUUUCUUGAUUAUAUCAGGAGGAAUGGAUUAAAUAAUUGAUCCUGAAGUUGGACAAGAGCUAAUGAAAUAAUGUACAUCUACAGAUAAAGAACUGAUAUAUUAUGAGAAUAUGUGGCAUGAUUGUAUAGAGGAAUAAGAAAUACAUGAAAUAAUUCCCAAAAUAAUUGAAUGGAUUAAAAAAAGAUAAUGA